AUGGGUGUAAAGGUGUAUGUGGAGUUGAAGAAAGAGAAUAAAGCAUUACCAAUGUAUCUGCUGUGUAUAACUACAAGUGAUAGGAGUUUGGAGAUAUAUUUAUUCGGAGAGAGUUAUGUUCAUGGUAAUCACUUGCAAAUCGGUUACACGAAUCAGUCAUCAUUGGGAGAAACAUUUGGUUCGGUAGAAUUAACAUCAUCUAGUUGUGGGCAGGCUGAUGUGUUGUUUGAAAACAAACAAUUCAUGGUUAUAGACGACCUAAACCAAAAGGUAGUUGCAGUCGAUCAAGUUUACAAAGACAAGGAUACUUUAAAAACUAUGAUGGCGAAUUAUGCGAUUACAAACCGAUUCAACUUCCACACAGAAAGGUGUAAUGCAAUAAGCUACACACUUGUCUGCGUAUCUGAUGAUUGUGAUUGGAAAUUGAGGGCGUCAAGUAUAGGGAAGUCUGAACUUUUUAGAAUUAGAGAGUUUCAAGAUAAACAUACAUGUCCCCUAAAGGAAAAAGUGUAUUCCCAACGACAAGCUACGAGUCGAUUGAUAAAUGAAAUUGUUAAACCAAAAAUAACAAAUCAUAAGAGGAAAUACACUCCUAAAGACAUUGCAAAGGAUAUAAAAAAUGAUUUUGGCAUGGACGUUUCAUACAUGGUUGCGUGGCGGGCAAAGGAAAAGGUGAUGAUUGAUUUGAGGGGUACAAUGGCUGAAUCGUAUAACCGGCUACCUGUUAUCAAGGGAUUUGAGUGUUGUCGACCAAUUGUGGUUAUUGAUGGUAGCCACUUAAAAACACCCUUCAAUGGAACAGUUGUGUCUGCAAGCACAUUAGACGGUGCAGGUAAUAUACUGCCCCUAGCAUAUGGUGUGCUUGAUUCUGAGAAUGACAAAUCUUGGACGUGCUUUUUCAAGCGUUUCAGAGAAACAUACAGAGUAAAAGAGAACAUGUGUAUCGUAUCCGAUAGGCAUGAGAGUAUAAACAAAGUUGUUUUCAGAAUCUAUUCAGAAGUCACACAUUAUGCAUCAUAUACGCAAGGUGAGUUUGAUGAGUUGAUGCUUAAGGUUCAGAAAGUAGAAAUGCGGGUUGCAGAGUAUUUGGAUGAAGCUGGUAGGGAUAGGUGGGCUAGAGUUUAUGCAACUGUUAACCGAGGUUGGACAAUGACUUCUAACAUUGUGGAGUGUAUUAACAAACAUCUUCUAGCUGCUAGAGAACUGCCGAUAUAUGACUUUCUGGAAGAGAUUGAACCAUCAACAGAAUUUGGGUAUGCAGUAAAUGAUGGACGAAGGCGUUUCAUUAUUAAUCUGAGUAACAAAACAUGCAGUUGUCGUAUGUUUCAAUUAGACGAAAUCCCAUGUCCGCACGCAUGGGCUGUUAUAAAACAAAAAUCUUUGGUUGUUGAUGAUUAUUGCUCUGAUUUAUUCAAGCCGGAGACAGUUGUAAAGACAUACAAUAUUGCUGUGGAUCCUCUACCAGACCAGCGUGAAUGGAAAAUUCCAAAAGACAUCUUGAAUUAA